ACCGACAACACCGGUAGCUGGAGUGUUGACUGGGGCUCCAGGCGGUGCUUGUGAUCCCGGUAAUUAUCGCAAACGAAGACUAUUACCGCUGGAGUCAUGCCGCCCCUAAAGCCCAUCGUUACCCUGAAGACCUUAUGUACUGAGGCCAUGGCCGCGACUUUAGCCGCCGCCUUUGUCAGAGUGGUAGGAGGCGGCCUAUGUGGGGCGGCCAAACGUCUAGUAGGGCGAUCCAAGAAUACAAGAACUACCAAAAGACCUGUGACAAGACUUACAGAUGGCAUCCUAGCCAGCCACCCAGGCACUCUGGUCCUCAAAAUCCAACAGUACAUAGGCCACGGCUUACCAAAGGACCGUCGACAGGACUUGAUGCAUCAAGUAUUGUUUCUGGUGACUGAAAUGAUGACGAGAUUGGGCAGGACCAAAAAGAACAAGGAUUCGAGUUUUGGUGUGACAGUUCAGAAGCUUGGACAGGCGCUUAGUUAUGCCCUGGAUACCCUCCUCGACCCUGUGGUGACCAAGUUGGAUCUAACUCCUCUUAUUCACCAUAGCAUCAAGUGGGUAUCCACGUGCAAGCUCAAUAACCGUAACCCAAAGGAAACCAAUGAAAUUGACACCGUCAAAGUAGAAAACAUGCUAAUCAAAAUCUUUGGACAGAACGCUCAGAAGUUGGAUAAUCUGACGUCAAUCCAGUGGCCGCAUUUGGUGUCAGGAGAAGUGAUCAGGAUAAUUGGUCGCCAUUGCAAAAGCCUUCGCCGCUUAGAGCUAGCAUGUGAGUGUGAUGCCACUGCCGCCAUGAACGACGUGAAGGAAGACCCAGCCUUUGCCCGACAGGAGAGAUUAUUGAUGAACUCCCUUGGCGCCCUGUAUGACCGGGCUCCUGGAGACUUUUCAGGUAACAAGCCUGGAGGUUGUCCUCAUCUCCAGACACUGGUGUUGCCAAGGCUGGACGAUGAAGAUGGCAGUCUGGCAACACACGUGGCAAGUGCACUUUGCUCUUUGAGGGAACUAGAAGUUAUCUCCGGCGCCCCAAUGUUAGUUAGUCUCGGCAAGUUGAAGAAUCAGCAAUACCCUCCCCAGAAACUGUUCUUAAAACAUCUAAGUGAUAUUGAUACCUACAACAGGCGACCAAUGCCAGAUUUGUCAUAUUUAAAAGGUCUUCUACCACAGCUGAAUAGUAUUGAACUCAUCGCAUCGCAGGGGAUAACAAGGCCUGUUACAGAAAGUUUCCUUAAUGUCAAAUCGUUGAAAAUUGCACAGACCGAUUUCCAUCUUAAUGUUCGACGCUUCAAGUACCUGGAAACACUCGAUAUCAACCUGGAGUUCCAGAUCGCCUGGCCUUUGCUUUUUUCCCUAAGCCGAAGUAGAGUACAGCUCCGAGACCUCACCCUUCGUCAUCCGACCUUUCAAGUUGGGCAGGAACACGAGGGCUCCUCCCUGAGGCUUCCUUCUCUCCAGUCAUUCACUCUUGUCCGCUCCAGCUUUAUUGAGUACAAUGCCUUCAGAAACCUGGUUAUGGGCGCCCCCAACCUAGUCAAUAUCUCCAUCACGCUCUCAGACGACAGGAACUACACGGUGGAUGAAUUUAGAGAUGAUCUUAUCAGCAGCGUAGCAACACUACUUCCUAACCUUGAAAGUUUCACGGCCGAAUGUCAGUACAAACACAACCUUUAUAACCAACUUAACUGUGUCCUGACCAUCGACUCGGCCAACAUCCUGUGUGCUAAUUGUCCUCGCUUAAAAUUUCUCGGCCAUCUGGAUGCUUGGGACCUCGAUGAUAAAGAUGUAAAUGACCUUAAUGACCGCGUGAAGGCAAACAAUUGGGACCUGCAGGUGGUGUGAACUUAUGGAGUCAUAAUUAAUCAAUGGAUCAUCCUAAUGAUAAAAACAUACGCCUUGAUACGUUGUGUAAUAUCAUAAGAAACAACGUUGUGAUGUGAGCAAAUGCAAAAGUUCUCUUCCUUGAGUUACAGACAUGAAGUUGUGACGUCAAAUUUCUCACCAAAAUGCUACUUCUCUACUGUUAAACUGUUCUACUGUAGCCGUGGUCUAAGUUUUAAGCACAAUAUAAUUAUAAUACUCUGAUACAACACACGUUAAAAAAGGACCGAAUAGUAUUAUGCUGUUAACCUGAUCUUGGUCAAAAUUCUGAAGCAUUUCAAAUGUGAUCGAGUCUUGAAGAUUAUGCUGAAGAAAGUAACUUGAGGAAUCCUCUAAGCAUGUCUAGGGCAUAGGCCCGUAAAUCUGUUGGCUUUGUAGCGAUACAGUUGCCUUAAAGAGUUCCCUAUGAUGACGUUUAUGUACUUGUAGCACGUCCCAUUACUAGAGUAAACUUUGAAUUGAAUUCGUAGUAUAGUCUUGAUGUAACUAAGGAGUUGAUUGGUAGAAAUGAAUCGUAGACGUAGUUUCGCUUAGAAUAAAAAAAUAUAUAUAUAUGUGUGUGUGUGUGUGUGUGUUAAAUUUAAUUCCAAAUAAUGAAUACUAUUAAAGAAAAUGCAAGUUGAAUACGUAAUUGAUAUUCAAAUUUAAUAAUAAUCAUAAAUAUGAGAUUAUGAAUAAUAAAAAAUGCUUUAGAAGACAAUAUAUGAAGAAAAAAAACAUGGCUAUUGUAUUAUUUUAUAUAUUAUUCUGCAUUCUUUUAUGUCACACGAGUUUCUAGGAUGCGGCACAAAUUAAACACACUUGAAAUAGUUACCCAAGUAAUAUCAAACAGUUUUCUAUGAUGUCACACCCUCAAUAUAUGGCGUGUCAAUCAGCGGCCACGAAGAAAAUAAUAAUUCGUUUUAAGGUGAGUUAAAUUUCUUUCCUCUAUACUCCUUGUUCAUAAUUUUAGUAUUGCAACUCUACCACAUGUACGCAAACUCUUUGAGGCAACCGUCCAUCCUCAUUAAUUUUAGACUAACAUACUGUAGUCUAUUGCAUCGCACAUGCUGCCUGAACUGUAGUAAUUUACCUGACAGUGGUGGUUAUCCUCUGAAACUCAAACGAAUGUAUAUUUAGCCACUGUACUAUCUAUAAAAUGUCAGCUACCAUAGGCUAUUCCAGCACAGCACGUUGUAGUGUUAUAUUGAUGCAUUAAAAAUGAAAUCUACAAUCACAUACCCAUCGAA